CUGUGUAUUGGAUUUCUUUCAGGUGACAAAGGAAAACCCAAGAUCACAGAAUCUACCACUAGUGAGCCAGCCCUAUCCAAGGGAGUCUCCCUCCAGGAACAACUAACACAAGGAUUUCAAGGGAACUCCCAGGUGGGCCAAACUAAGCAUCAGGAUGAGUCAUUGGAAAUGCAAGAAGGACACUUGAGACCAGAGAUAGACCUCCAGAAGAAGCUCCCUGGGAAAUCAAGCUCUGAACAUGGCCACAUAGGGACAGCUCGUAAUGCAUGUUCAAGGAUUGUACAGGAGCCAGUCCCUCUGGGAAGUGCUGUCCAUGACCAUGACUCAUGUGAAUCAGGUAAAGAUCCUGUGAUUCAGGAAGAAGAAAAUAUCUUUAAAUGCAAUGACUGUGGGAAAGUCUUUAACAAGAAACGCCUCCUUGCUCGACAUGAGAGGAUUCACUCUGGAGUGAAGCCCUAUGAAUGCACCGAGUGUGGGAAAACAUUUAGUAAAAGCACUUAUCUCCUUCAACACCACAUGGUCCACACAGGGGAGAAGCCCUAUAAGUGUAUGGAGUGUGGGAAGGCCUUCAACCGUAAGUCACAUCUUACACAGCACCAGCGGAUUCACAGUGGAGAGAAGCCUUAUAAGUGCAACGAGUGUGGGAAGGCCUUCACUCAUCGCUCCACUUUUGUCUUGCACAACAGGAGCCACACUGGAGAAAAACCCUUUGUGUGCAAAGAAUGUGGAAAAGCCUUCCGAGAUAGGCCAGGUUUCAUUCGUCACUACAUCAUCCACAGUGGCGAGAAUCCCUAUGAAUGCUUUGAGUGUGGCAAGGUAUUUAAACACAGGUCAUACCUCAUGUGGCACCAGCAGACUCACACUGGGGAGAAGCCCUAUGAGUGCAGUGAGUGUGGGAAAGCCUUCUGUGAGAGUGCAGCCCUCAUUCACCACUAUGUCAUCCACACUGGGGAGAAGCCCUUUGAGUGCCUAGAGUGUGGGAAGGCCUUCAAUCACAGGUCAUACCUCAAGAGGCACCAGAGGAUUCACACUGGGGAGAAACCCUAUGUGUGCAGUGAGUGUGGAAAGGCCUUCACCCACUGCUCUACUUUCAUCUUGCAUAAAAGGGCCCACACUGGAGAAAAACCUUUUGAGUGCAAAGAAUGUGGGAAAGCCUUUAGCAAUCGUGCAGACCUCAUUCGACAUUUCAGCAUCCACACUGGAGAGAAGCCGUAUGAGUGCAUGGAGUGCGGGAAGGCCUUUAACCGCCGGUCAGGGCUCACAAGGCACCAGCGGAUUCACAGUGGAGAGAAGCCCUAUGAAUGCGUUGAGUGUGGAAAAACCUUCUGUUGGAGCACAAACCUCAUUCGGCACUCUAUCAUCCACACUGGAGAGAAGCCUUAUGAGUGCGGUGAGUGUGGAAAAGCCUUCAGUCGCAGCUCAUCCCUCACUCAGCAUCAGAGGAUUCAUACUGGGAGAAACUCUGUCAGUGUAACAGAAGUGGGAAGACCCUUCACGAGUGGGCAGUCCUCAGUCAACCUCCAAGAGCUCCUAUUGGGGAAAGACUUCUUGGAUGUAACCACUGAGGAAACAUCUUACUCAGAAUCUGAUCAUUCGUACCAAAGAGAAACGCCUCAGUUUCCUUCCCUAUGAGAAACCCUUCUGUUGCAGGAUAUCAUCUGUCAUCUAAGAAGUCAGACUGGAAAUUGACCCAGUCUAGAGCCUUAUUCUACAUCUGAGAAUUCAUCCAGGGAGAGAUCCAGUGGUUAUAUGCAUGUAGGAAAACCUCCAGCUACAUCUUUUUAAUUUAUACUGCAGUAUUAUCUCAGGAACUUUUUUUCUUUUUUUUUUUUUUUCUUUUUAAAGGAAGGAGAGACUUAGAAGAGAAAAUGAACUGCAAACACAAACACAUUUUCUUUCAGAAUUCUUUGCCAAGCCUUUGGCACUUUGUCAUGGAUUCUCCAGUUUACUUGGCAGGAGGAGGGUUUUGUUUUAGAGGUAAAGGACCUAGACUUUUAUGGGUCUUGUAUAUACAUUCAUUGCUGUCCACUGUCAAGAGAGUUAAUUGAGAGCAGGUUUGGAAACUUCCUGCAUCUUCUUUGUUCUAAAACACUGUUUCUGUUCUUAAGGAGCUUAAUUUUUGUGAGAAAUACAAAGGCUGGAGCCAUCGAACACCUUUAUAUUGAGGAGAUAAGAAUACACAUAUGAAUGGGCACAUUUUAUUGCACCAGUUAAAGUUGUUUAAGGCUUUGAUUUUUUUUUAAAAAAAAUGAACUUUCAUGUUGUUUUAAGGAGCUGAUACUUAGACUUUUUCUUGGUCCUGUACUAUUGGUUUACUUGAUUGCUGUAAUUAGAUGGUAAAUCUUCUAGUUUGUGUAAAAUUAUUUCUCUCUCUUUAUUCUUUUUAUUUAAAACUGAUUUAGCACUCCUCAUUACUUUGAAUUUCCACAUAAACUUUUGGAGAAGCUUGUCUAUUUUACGAAAAAAUCUAUUGAAUUUCAAUAGAAAUUGAGUUAAAUUGUCAGAUCAGUUUGUUGAAAUUUGACAUCUUUACCGUGUUGAGUCUUCAAUUUACGAACACAGUAUGUCUCUAUGUUUAUUUAAGUAUUGCUUGAUUUACUUCAUCACUGUUUUAUAAAUUUCAAUAAUAGGUCCUGUAUGAUUUUUAUAAGGUUUAUAUCUAGUUGUUUUUUUUCUUUUAUUAUAAAUUGCAUUGAUUUUUAAACUUUCAAUUUCCACACAAGUUUUGGUAGUAUACAGAAAUGUAAUUAAAAUUUGAAUGUCAUUUUGGUAUCCUGCAGCCUUGCUGAACUGUAGGCAUUUAUUUGUUUUGAUAGAAUGUUUGGGGUUAGAAAACAUAGAAGUAUCAUCUACAAAAGAGACAGUUUUACUUCUUCCUUACCAUCUGUAUACCUAGUAUUUUCUUUUCUCAUCUGCUGUACUAGCUAGGAUUUCCAGUAUGUUGUUGAACAGUAGUAGUAAGAAUGGAUAUCCUUGUCUGGUUUCUGUUAUUAGGGGGGAAACAUUCAGUUUUUCAUCAAGUCUGACGUUAGUGUAAGGGUUUUUUUUAAAGAAGUUUCUUAUCAAGUUAGAAAGUUUCCCAUAUUCCUAAUUUGCUAUGCGUUUUUUUUUCUUGUUAUUGUGAAUGGGUGUUGAAGUUUAUCAUACACUUUUUCUCUACCAAUUGAUAUAAUUUUGUGUUUUUUCAUCUGUAGCUUGUUGAUAUGAUGUAUUACAUUAAUUUGAGUUUUGAAUGUGGAAUCAGCUUUGUGUUCUUGAAAUAAGCUCUACUUUGUUUAGAGUAUAAUUAUUUUUGUAUAUUACAUUACAGUAUUCAGUAUGCUAGUGUGUCGUUGAGGAAGUUUUCCUCUAAUUUCAUGAGUGGUAAUAAUACCUAGUUCUUUCAUUCAUUUUUGUUUGUUUUUUUGUCUUUUGUUUGUUUCAUACUGCCAUUGGUUUUGGUGUCUAGGUGAUAGUGGCCUCCCAAUAUGUAUUGGGAUUAUUCUUUUAUUAUGUGGAAGAUAGUAUAUAGAAUUGGUUUUAUUUUUAAUGUUUGGUAGCAUUCUCCAGUGAACCAUUUAUGCCUGGAGAUUUUUCUUUGGAUGCUUUUUAAUUAUGUAUUUAUUUUAUUUAAUAUGUAUAGAACUGUUCAGAAUAUCUGUUUCAUAUUGGAUGAAUUUUCAUAGUUGUCCUUUUUUAGGAAUUGUUCCAUUUCAUCUAAAUUUUCUUAAUUGUUUCAAGUAUUCCUUUAUUAUAUUGUUUAUGGUGGAAGAAUCUACUCAUACCUCCUGUUAGAUUCCUGAUAUUGGAAAUGUGUCAACUCUCUUUUUUAUCUUUGUUAAUCUUCUUAGAUACUUAUCAUUUUUUGAAUCUUUUUAAAGAAGCAGCACUUUAUACCACUGUUUUUUCUCUCUCACCUUUUUGUUCCUAAUUUCACUGAUACUUGUAUUGACCUUUAUUAUUCUUCCAUCUGCUUUGCUGGUAUUUUCCUUUGUAAUUUCUUGGGAUAGAUGCUUAGAUUACUGAUUUGAGCUUUUCUAAUAUAAGCAUUACAUUCUAUAAAUUUUCCUCAGCACUUUCCUCACAAGUUGUAAUACAUUUUAAUUACAUUUCAUUUGGUUCUAAGAAUUUCUUUAUUCAAGACUUCCUCUCUAACCCAUAAAUUAUUUAGAAGUACAUUGUUUAAUUUCCUAGUGUUUGGAGUAUUUCAUGCUUUUAAUGACUUCUCAUUUGUUUUAUAUUUGAUCUGGUUGUUUAAAUUUGUUGAGAUUUGCUUUAUGACCCAAAAUAUGGUCUAUCUUGAUGAAUGUUUAUAAGGUUGCUUGAAAAAGAAUGUGUAUUCUACUGUCAUGGGAUGGAGUUUGUAUAAAUGCCCGCGUGAUCCUGUUGGUUGAUGAUGUUAUUCAGAUUUUCUAUAUCUUUGAUUAUUUUCUGUUUAGUAUUGCUCUCAAUAGCUGAGAGAGGGAUUUUGAAGUCCUGCAGUAUAAUCUGGAAUUGUCUGUUUCACCUUUUAAGUUCUAUCAGUUUUUGCUUUGAGUAUUUCAAAGCUCUGUUGUAGGUGCAUACACUUUUAGGAUUGCUUUGUCAUCUUGGUGUGUUGACUUUUAUAUUAUUAUGUAAUGUCCCUUUUUGCCCCUAUAAAUUUUCUUUGGAGUAUACUUUAUCUGAUAUUAAUAUAGUCACUGUUGCAUUUUUGGGGUAAUAUUGUGCACUUUUCGGUUUAUAUUGUUCCAUAAUUUUAUUUUCAACCUUAUGUAUAUGAUUUGAAGUGAGUCCCCAGGAAUAGCACAUAUUCAGGUCAUGCUUUGUUUUUAUCCAUUUUGCUGAUUUCUUUUUAAGUUUAAAGUAAUUACUGAUAUGUUAGGGCUUAAGUUUGCCAGUUUAUGAUUUGGUUUUUCUUUGUUCCAGCUGUUUAUUUUUCCUCUGUUGUUUUGGGGUUUUUUGUUUUUUAUCUUUUGUUUUGCCUUCCUGUGGGUUACUUUAAUUUUUAGAAUUCCAUUUGAUAUAUCUAUGAUGUUUUUGAGUAUAUCUCUUUGUAUUUUAGUAGUUAUUUUAGGUAUUGUUUUAUACACAUAUAAUUUAUCAUAGCCAAUGGUGUCGAUACCUUCGCACUUUGAUAUGUAGAAAUCUUACUUUCAUUGGUUCCUUUACAUUCCCCACUCUUUAAUGUAAUUGUGUUAAGUAUUUCCUCUUUAUACACUGAGCAUCAUAGUGGAUGAUGUUUUUUGCUUCAACUAUCAAACAAUUUUUGCAAAACCCACGAGAAGUGUAGUCUGUUUACCUCUACUUUUAUCCAUUCCAUUGUUCUUUCUUACAAUCUCAAGAUUUUUCUUUUUUUUUGUUAGCAUUUCCUUUCUUUUUUGCAAACUCCUAUACAGAUCUUCCUUCACUUGUGAUGGAGUUACACAUCAAUAAACCCUUUUUAAGUUGAAAAUACCGCAGUCAAAAAUGCAUUUAGUACACCUAACCUACUGACCAUCAUAGUUUAACUAGCCUAUGUUGAACAUACUCAGAACACUUACAUUAGUUUACAGUUGGGCAGAGUCAUGUGACACAAAACCUAUUUUAUAAUAAAGUGUUGAAUAUCUCAUGUAAUAUACUGAAUACUAUACUGAAAGUGAAAAACUAUGAUUGUAUGGGUACUUAUCAUUAACAUACACAGCUGGGCCUAAAGAAUGUUUGAAGUGGUGAACUAAAAUUAAUUGCAUAAUGGGGAUGCUACAGUGACAAGAUCACCAAUUUCUCUUCCUUAUGAUGAGGCUGAUUAAUAGCUGGUAGACAGCACUAGGACAUCAACACUUGUUGAUGGUUUAGCCAAUAUAGUGUUCUUUAGGAAGAUACCAAGUUUUGACUGUGCAGUUUGUUUCUUUUUAUUAUAUGUUUUUCUGUAGCAAGCAAGAGCAUCCAGUAUCUGCCCAUCGGCUCUUGUGAAUGUCUUGUGCCUGACAUCCAUGUCUUCUAACUUCCAAAUGCCACUGCUGAUAGUAGCAGAGUCCUCUGUCAGUUUGUGACCUUUCUUGUUGCUUCAUGUGUAACCGUUUCUACGUCAGCUUCUUUAUUUCUUUGUCCUCCCAGUUUGAUUAGCUCCUCAAUAGAAAGCUUUUCAGCCUCAGUGCCAACAAGCUCAGGAAUAUUCUCAUUAUUAAUGUCCAACCCUGGCUGUUUCCCAAGCACUAAUAUCUUGUUACUUACUAUUCAUCAACACCAGAAUCUUUGCUAAAUCCUCUGAGUGUGUUCACAUAUACCUUCCAUCACGCAUUGCUACAUGACUUCUCAUUCUGGAAGGAUCCAGAAUGUGAAAAUCUUUCUAAAACUUGGAGCAUUUGGCUAGAUUCAGUCACUUCAGCAGCCUAUACAAAUGGCAUAAGUAGUAUGCUUUGAACAUAGCUGUUGCACCUUGGUCCAUUGAUUGAUUGAGUGUAGUUGUCUUUGUUGGCAAAUGUACAUUUACAUUAGGAUGUAUGUCCCUGAAAUGCUGUGGAUGCCCUGAAGCAUUAUCUCAGAUAAGAAGAAUCUUGAAUGGGAUGUUGUCUUGCCUACAGUAGUCUCUUGCCUGUGGAAUAAAACAGUUUGAAAACGAGUCUUUAAACAGUGCUAAUGUCAUCCAGGUUUUCUUGUUCUGGUGAUAAUAAAUGGGAAGCACAUACUUGCUCAUGUUCUUAAAUACUCUAGGGUUCACUGAGUAGAAAAGUCUUUCAUUUGAACUCUAAAACAUUUCCACCCAAAAGCAGCAUUAUAUGUCUUUCAGUGCUUUGAAUCCUGGCACUGUCUUGGACUCUUGAUAAAUGUAUGAAUGUCCCAGCAUAACCCUUCCAGAACAAGUUUGUUUUAUUGUCAUUGAGUAUUUGUUCUGGCAAGUAUUUCUCAUCCACAGUUACACUAUGCAGCGCUUCCUUAAAAGCUUCAGCACCUUCAGUAUUGGCACUUUCUGCCUCACUGCUAACCUUCACAUUAUGAAAAUUAUGGUGCCUUAUGAAGCACUGGAAUCGGUUAAGACUUUCUAUAAACAUUUGUGUAUGUGUGGGGUCAUCAGCAUGCUUUUUAGUAUAUUGAAAAGACUUCUUCCCUUAGGUUGGAUUGUCAGUGGGCUAAGUAGUAUGUGCUUCUGUAUUUGGUCUUUUAUCCAUGUGCCAAGUAAUUUCUCAAGGUCGCCAAUCGGCCCAUCUCUUUUCUUCUUGAUGACAGUGGAUUUAAGCCAAUACUGACCAUUAGUAUGAUUGUUGAUUAAGAAAGUCCUAACUCACAUGUGAUGGCCAUUACUAGCUUGCCACCUUCAUGCUAGGUAAUUAUCUUGAGUUUUUUCUCAAGAGUAAUUGCCUUUCUCUUCUCACCAGAGGCGGGAGGCACAGAUGGGUGUUUUGUAGACAUGAUGGGAUGGGAAAACACAAGACACGAUAUCCAAAAAUGCUGGCAGCAUAGUACACUGUAGAGUAUCAGUAGUUUACCCUUGUGAUGGCAGGGCUGACUGGGAGAUGUGCUGCCCCAGCGUCACAAGGGAGUAUCACAUUGCAUGUUGCUAGUCUGAGAAAAAAAAUCAAAGUUCAGAUUUUGAAGUACAGUUUCUGCUGAAUGUAUAUCACUUUCACAGUAUCCUAAGGUAAAAAAAAAUCUUAAAACCAUUCUAGGUCAUCUAGUCUUAUGGGGAAGGUCUUCUAGUAAUAAAUGUUUUUGUUUUUCUUUAUCUAAAAAUAUAAGUCUCCUUCAUUCUAGUAGGAUAUUUUUGUGGGAUACAGUAUUUGGGGUCAGCAGUUCUUUCCUUUUCCUUUCCUUUUCCUUGAAAAACAUGUCAUUUCCUUCUAUUCUCCUUGGUUCCAGAUGAGAAGUCUGCCAUUUGACCCAUUGUUUUUCUAUCUGUAAUGCUCUUUCUGUCAGGCUGUUUUCAUUGUGGUUUUUUAUUGUAUAUGUAGUUAAAAAGUUUGAUUAUAUACUGGCAUGAAAUUUUGGGGGUUUAUCCUGUUUGAUGUUUGCUUAGCUUUUUGAAUCUGUUGAUGUGUGCCCUUUGCCAAUUUGGAAGAUUUUUAGAUAUUCUUCAAAUAUUUUUUCAGUCCCACCGUUUCUCCUCUCUUUCAGGACUCCAGUAGUAUGAGUGGUAGAUCUUUUGUUCUUGUCCCAAAGGGUCCUUGGACUCCCAGUCUUUCCCUAUUCCCCAGUCUGUUUUCUCUUCGUUGCUCAGAGUGAUUUAUUUCCAUUGAUUUCUCUUUGAGCUCACCGAAUCUUUUCUUUCUUGUAUUUAAUCUAUUGAACUCAUCCAGCAAGUUUUCAUUUUGGGUUUUGAAUUUCUCAGUUGUUUAAUUUCUGUUUUUAUCCUUUAUACAUCUUCUAUUUCUCUGCCUAGUUUGUUGUGCCAAAGAAAGACUCUGAGAAAGCAUGCAGUACUGUGUAGUCCAAAGUCAUAUUUUCUGGUGGUUUAUCUUGACGUUGGAAUAGAAAUCCUAGAUUAUAGGGAGGAAUGGAAGGCCUGCAGUCUUCUGUGUUGGUAUCAAUGUAUAUUUCUAAGAACAGACUUGAGAAUUGAGAGUCAUAUUCAGAAUGUUUAGAGUUUUGUUCUCCAGGAAAGGUUUCUGUAUAAAAGUCCCCAGGUCUCUAUAACCGCCCCCCACCCUCGCUACUGGAAAGUAGAGCAUUUCUCUGAAACCUUUUCUAAGCUGAAAUGGCAUUAGGAAAGAAGCAAUUACCAUUAAUUUAUGUGAAAAAAAGUUUUUUUUAGCAUUCCCAGACUCAAAAAAAUAACCUCUCUUAGGGUUUUCUGAUACUUCAGGACAUCUUGGUAACAGAUGCACAAAAUAAAUCAAGAUAAAGCCCAGAUGCUCACAGACACAGUUCAAAGCUAUGGUGGCUCGAUGCUGAGAUUCUGAAUAGUUCCUGGGGAAGGAGCUUGGUGGUUCCAGUCUUGCUGCUUGGGGUGUGCACUGCUUCUGGAACACCUUGCUACAAAACAAAUUGCUGAAUUCUGUUUUUACUUUUCAAUUUUUUUGAUACAUGAGAAAAUCCUUCUCAGAUUUCUUCUGGUUAGUUAAAACAAGUACUAAUGUAGGUCUUCUGUAAAAGCAAAGUGGUGUAAACAAACUUUUGAAAAACAGUAAAUACCUGUGUAGCUUCAAAGGAGAAAGAGGUCCCUCCUCUUCAAGGACCACUUCCUCUUUGUGGUUGGACGCAUAUCCCCAAUCCCUGAUUUGUCUAGGACCUCUUUUAUACCCCCACUGCUUGGUCCUUAACUUCUCUCUCUUAAUCCCCUUCUGUCCUCUUAAUCUAUACCUGUGUUCAAGUCUGUAGUCUCACCCCCAGGCACUUUCUGCCCCACAUCCCCAGUGAGCUCUGCCCUUCUCUUUUCUCUCAUAGGCACACCCUAUGUAAAUGUUCUGUCCACUGUCCCCACCUACUCAUGUCCCUUUACCCUACUGACAACUAAACAGUGGUCUCCACCACUGUCACCUGACUUAAGCAGGUCUCACAAAGUUCCCUCUUGUCCUCCCACCCUUCUCCACGCCCCCAACACAAACAGUCUGUUAUUGGACCUUUUUACUGCUGUCCACCUCUUUGACUUGAAGGUACUUUCCUGGUUUCUGUGAGUUUCUGCCCUACUCUUUCAGAGGAUCUGUGUCUUCUUCCAUCUAUUAAACAGUUGUGCUUCUCAGAAUCUGUCUGUCGCCCUUGCUGUCUCACCUGCGAGGUGUUUCAUGAGUGAGUUAAUUCCCCCCUCGAGGUAUUUUACGCUCAGUGAUCUACAGAGUUCCCCAAAUCCUUGUCUCCAGGUUGAAUGUUUCUGGUCAUCCUUCCACGCCUUGGCAGUAUUCAUACGUACUGAGCCUGUUUGCAAGUGUCAUGUGGUCAUGGCCAUCACCAUGAGGAUGCACUCGUACUAAUCAUGAGAGCAAGCAGAUACG